GGAGAGGGAGACUCCUCGGGGCUGGGGCUGGGAGACUCCUCAGGGCUCGGGGAGGGUGACUCCUCUGGGCUGGGGCUGGGCGACUCCUCUGGGCUGGGGCUGGGAGACUCCUCAGGGCUGGGAGAGGGUGACUCCUCGGGGCUGGGGGAGGGCGACUCCUCUGGGCUGGGAGAGGGCGACUCCUCUGGGCUGGGGCUGGGUGACUCUUCAGGGCUGGGAGAGGGUGACUCCACGGGACUUGGGCUGGGAGACUCCUCGGGGCUGGGAAUGGGUGAGGGUGACGCCUCGGGGCUGGGGAUGGGUGAGGGUGACGCCUCAGGGCUGGGAGACUCCUCGGGGCUGGGGAUGGGCGAGGGUGAGGCCUCAGGGCUGGGGAUGGGUGAGGGUGACGCCUCAGGGCUGGGAGACUCCUCGGGGCUGGGAAUGGGUGAGGGUGACGCCUCGGGGCUGGGGAUGGGUGAGGGUGACGCCUCAGGGCUGGGAGACUCCUCGGGGCUGGGAAUGGGUGAGGGUGACGCCUCGGGGCUGGGGAUGGGUGAGGGUGACGCCUCAGGG